CUCGCAUAUGUCCUCAUCAUCUCUUUAGCUGCCCUCCCCUCCGCCGCCAAGAUCCGUUAAGACUAGACUUUCCUCAUCGCUGCCGCCGCCCGCCGCCUUCUCCUCCUCCUCCUCCCGGCGACCUAGAGAGAGGGGCAGGGAAGAGAAGGGCGCGACGCCGGCUGUCGAGUAGGCGGGCCGGCGGGCGGAGAUGUUUCUGGUGGACUGGUUCUACGGGGUGCUGGCGUCGCUGGGGCUGUGGCAGAAGGAGGCCAAGAUCCUCUUCCUCGGCCUCGACAACGCCGGCAAGACCACGCUCCUCCACAUGCUCAAGGAUGAGAGAUUGGUCCAGCAUCAGCCUACACAGUAUCCAACUUCUGAAGAGCUGAGCAUCGGGAAGAUCAAGUUCAAGGCAUUUGAUUUAGGAGGACAUCAGAUUGCUCGCCGUGUUUGGAAGGAUUACUAUGCUAAGGUGGAUGCAGUGGUCUACCUUGUGGAUGCCUAUGACAAGGAGCGGUUUGCUGAGUCAAAGAAGGAGCUAGAUGCGCUCCUAUCAGAUGACUCCCUGGCCACUGUCCCAUUCCUGAUCCUGGGGAACAAGAUCGACAUCCCUUAUGCCGCUUCAGAGGAGGAACUCCGUUAUCACAUGGGGCUGAGCAACUUCACCACUGGCAAGGGCAAGGUUAACCUGGGCGAGUCUAACGUCCGCCCCCUGGAGGUGUUCAUGUGCAGCGUUGUUCGCAAGAUGGGGUACGGCGAUGGGUUUAAGUGGGUGUCACAGUACAUCAACUAGUGUUAGCUAGCUACCGUGGUACUCCCUGUACCUUAGCUACCACAAGAGAGAUAGGGAGCCACCUGCCUGGUCAUGGUUGUUCAUGGUGCCAGUACAUAUGUGUUCAUGGAAGUAGUGCAAAAUCUGGGAUCUUGUGCCAGAUUUUUCGUCUGUUACAGUGUGAUGAUCGUGGAAGAGGAGCACCUUUUAUAUACUUCAUUGCUGGAGCUCUUUAUUUCUUGCUGUC